AUGGUGAUCAGACGAAUGAAUUUGGCUCUGGUUGUGAGAAAUGGUUCCAAGGUGAGGAUUUAGCCUUCUGUUUUGCGUUUAGGUCAUAAUUGAGGUGAAGGAUCGAAUUAUUUGAACUUGCCGAUGUUGUACUUGAUAAACACCUUUUGGUCAAAAUUGAGUUCGAUUUUCUGCUAAAAAGCUGUUGCAGGAUUCAUCGAUGCAUUUUACAGCUUGUAUCGCUGCUUUCCUUGAGUUUAAAGAAUAAUUUUGUCUAUUUUUAUAUUACACUGGGGAUUAGAUAGAAAUCUCGAAACUCUUUUAAUUAUUUUCAGUAAUUUAGCUAUUUUUUGUUAACGAUCCAGAUUUUCAGGUCUGAUUAUCAUUUUAUUUUUAUUUUAGAGCCAUCUUUUCCUUGGUCGCCGACUUUAUUCAUCAAAAAAGGUAUAUCCGAAUGCGUUGGAGGCCGUAAAGGACAUUGAGGAUGGCUCAAAGUUGUUGGUUGGAGGUUAGUCUUUUUUCUCUUUUUUUGUUCUUGAAUUUAGAUGCGUCUCCGAGCAUAUUGUAUCCGGAUGUUACCCAAAUUUUGAGAUUUUUUGCAAAUCUUUCGCUAAAAUCCCACAUUUUCCAGGAUUUGGUCUCUGUGGGAUCCCGGAAAACCUAAUCAACGCUCUCACCAAGACCGGAGUCAAGGGCCUGAUCUGUGUGAGCAAUAACGCGGGUAUUGACGACGUCGGACUGGGCAAACUGCUUCGGACCGGCCAAGUCAAGAAGAUGAUCGCCUCGUAUGUCGGGGAGAACAAGGAAUUCGAGCGCCAAUACCUGUCCGGCGAACUGGAGCUCGAGUUCACGCCGCAGGGCACGUUGGCGGAGAGGAUUCGCGCUGGCGGAGCGGGAGUGCCGGCCUUUUUCACACCCACCGGAUAUGGGACAUUGAUUCAGGAGGGAGGCGCUCCGAUCAGAUACAGCAAGCAAAAGAAGGGAGAGAUUGAGCUGGCGAGCAGUGGGAAGGAGACCAGGACCAUCAACGAUGUGAAUUACGUGCUGGAAGAGGCAAUUACCGGAGAUUUUGCGCUCAUAAAAGCUUGGAAGGCUGAUACGUUGGGAAAUUUGGCUUUUCGGUAAGGAAGUGAAAUUUUACCUGAGGCAUUGGGGUGGAAAUGAUGUUUUGAGGGUUGGUGGGAGCUCGUAGGACUAUGGGCAGUUUAUUUUGCGAUUUUUCCGAGUUUUCUUUUUAUUUUUGUGUCUCACCACGAAAACUUGAUUUUUUCUAAAAAUCGCUUUAAAAGUCGAGAAAGUGGGUAGAAUGUGUAUAAUAGCGGCAUAUUUUAAUGGAGAUCGUCUUCUCCACCGUUUAAAAAAAAUUUGGGUCCCGCCACGAAGACUUGAAUCUUUCUGAAAUGGAUCCAAAAUGGCAUAAAAUGAUUAGACGUAGAUGUAAAAGCGUAUUUAAUUCAAAAUAAAAGCCUCUUUUCAGUUACACAACCGGAAAUUUCAACAUCCCAAUGGCGAAGGCGGGGAAAAUCACGAUCGUCGAGGCGGAAGAACUGGUCGAACCCGGCGAAAUUCAACCUCACGAAGUGCACGUUCCCUCAGUUUAUGUUCAGCGCAUCAUCAAGGGAGAGAAGUACGAAAAAAGAAUUGAGAGAUUGACUCUUCGCGACAGUUCCGCCAAAGAGAGUGAGCCCAAGUCGGCGGCCGAGAAAACGCGUCAAAUCAUCGCGAAAAUAGCGGCCAAGGAGUUCAAGAAUGGAAUGUAUGGUGAGUCCAUGACAUCUAGUUUCUUUUGGGACUAUUUGGAUAUUCGAUAUCGAAUGGAUUUUUCGAGAUUUUUUGAAAAAAAAAAUUAGGAUUUUUUUCGGUUUUUCUAAAAAAUUUCGAUUUUUUAGUCAACCUUGGGAUUGGAAUCCCCACUUUAUGCCCGAAUUACCUUCCCAAGGGUGUGAACGUUCAUUUGCAAAGCGAAAAUGGAGUGAUUGGAGUGGGGCCGUAUCCGGAGAAAGGCGAAGAAAACCCGGACCUCAUCAAUGCAGGCAAGGAAACGAUUACUCUGCAGAAAGGAGCGGCUGUCUUUGGCUCGGACGAAAGUUUCGCAAUGGUUAGAGGGUAAGAGGAUUUUUGUUGAUAUAGAGUUUUGAGCGGUCGAAAGUGGUCUGAAAACACAAAAAAAUAUUUUUUUUGAAAAAUUUUUGAGUUUUUGUAGAAUUUUGAUGUGCAAUUGAUUUUUUUUUGGUUUUAUUAGAGAGUAGAGUCGAUGAGCACGAUUACUUUCGAAUGCGCUGUGCAAUCGGAAAAAUAUUUUUUUAAUUUUCCACGCACAGUGCAAUGACAUUAAAAUUUCGCACGGUGCAGUCCGUUUUUUAGUGCAAAAAAGAGGUUGCACCGUGCAAUCGAACAGGGUUUUUGCACAGUGCAAAAUUGAAAAAAAUAAAGCAAUACAAAUUGAAUUAAAAACAGAAAAUAAAACUUGUAGUUGGCUGGUUUAUAAAUCCAAAGGACCAAAACUAGAUUUUUUUUCAGAAAAAAGGGGGUUUUGGAAAAUUUUUUGCCUAGUGUAAUAUUAUUGGUAUUGGCCAAAGGAAUUAUGAAUAGAUAGAUCCACUUGUCCCUCAUUUUUCUUAUUUUCAGUGGUCACAUUGAUCUCACUGUGCUCGGCGCCCUCCAAGUGAACGAAUUCGGCGAUUUGGCGAAUUGGAUGAUCCCCGGAAAGAUGGUGAAGGGAAUGGGCGGCGCGAUGGACUUGGUCGGCGCACCCGGCAGUCGCGUAGUCGUCACCAUGGAGCAUCUGGCCAAGGGGAAACCAAAGAUAUUGAAGCAGUGCAACUUGCCGUUGACGGGGAAAAACGUGGUCGACCGAAUCAUCACCGAAAUGGCCGUCUUCGACGUGGACCCGGUGAAUGGACUCACACUGGUGGAAAUCCGCGAAGACCUCACAAUUGAAGACCUCUUGGAGACGGUGGAGCCAAACUUUAAAGUCAGCGAUGAGUUGAAAACCUUCAAAAAUUGA